AUGAUCCUGAGAGAGCUGGAUCUGAGCUACAAUCACCCAGGACCAUCAGGAGUCCAGCUGCUCAAACACAAACUGGAGGAUCCAGACUAUAAACUGCAGAUACUCAAUUUGGACCAUGGAGGACAUUUCACAAUCACACCAGGACUGAGCAAAUACGCCUGUGAUCUCACACUGGAUCCAAACACAGCACACACUCAACUCAUCCUGUCUGAAGGGAACAAAAAAGCAACAUGUGUAAAAGAUCAUCAGCCGUAUCCUGAUCAUCCAGAGAGAUUUGAUGAUCGGGAGCAGAUCCUGUGUCGAGAGAGUCUGACUGGACGCUGUUACUGGGAGGUUAAAUGGAGCGGCUCAGGUCAUGUAGGGAUUACAUAUAAAGGAAUCAGCAGGAAAGGUGGGAUUGACUGCUCGUUUGGAUUCAAUGAAAAGUCCUGGAGUAUGUAUUGUUCUGAUACAACGUAUACUGUCUGGUACAAUAAUAACAGCACUGAUGUAUUUGGCCCUUCAUCCCGCUCUAAUAGAGUAGGAGUGUAUGUGGAUGAGUCGGCCGGCACUCUGUCUUUCUACAGCGUCUCUGACACACACACACUCACACACAUACACACAUUCAACAGCACAUUCACUGAACCCGUCUAUGCUGGAUUUGGGGUUUAUCCUGAAUCUUCAGUGUCUCUGUGUCAGAUUUAACAACCUCUUGUGAAGAACCACAGAAGCACUUACUGAGGCCCAUUUCCACUCAAUGUACGAAUUACACUUUGACUUUCAGUGUGGUCUGCUUUUUUCAGUUUGCCUAGUUUGUGUAAUGCAUGUGUGUGAACCAAGUUGAUCAAAUUUAAUUAUGUUAGAUUGUAUUUAUUCUAUAAUAUACAUGAGUAGUGAAGAUUUGCAUCUUACACAAUAUGAUAUUUUUGG